AUGCCUCCGCUUGAUCCACGCGGCAAGAAAGCGAUCAUUACUGGUGGCGGCUCAGGAAUUGGUCUUUCCUUUGCAAAGGCGUUGUAUGAUAAUGGCUGCUCCGUCCUCCUAGCGGACCUUAGCCUCCACGCCUCAGCUCAAGAGUGGCUCCAAAGCAUCGAAAGCCAGCCUUCCCCAAAAGUUCGAUUCCAGAAGACUGACGUUACUGACUGGAGACAACUCGAAUUGGCCUUCGAUGUCUUCGAUAAAGAGUUUGGUGGAACCCCCGACAUCGUUCUUCCAGGAGCUGGUGUCUACGAGCCUUCCUCGAACAGUUUCUGGGCAGACCUAGACUCUGCAUCACACUACAAAGUUUUCGACGUAAACAUCAUGCAUCCUAUCAAAAUGUCAAGAAUUGCUAUUCGAAGACUGCGUCGUGCUCAAAAGCCAGGCGUCAUCGUUCAUAUCUCCAGCAUUACGGCGCAGAUUCCUAGCGUCGUCAAUCCUCUCUACUCGGUUUCGAAACAGGCCAUCAGUCAGUUUGUGAGGUGCAUGGCUCCUUUGGAUAUGCUAGCUGGUAUUCGUGUUGUUGCUGUUGCACCAGGAGUCGUGGACACUCCUCUGUUCCGCGAUAGCGCUAAAGCUCGCCAGCACAUAGAUAUGGAUACAGACUUUACCCUUCCGCCCGAGGAGGUUGUCAAAGCAAUGAUGUCACUAGUGACGAACCCGAAGUAUCCCCCGGGAACUGUGCUUGAAAUUGGUGAUAUUGGUGGGUGGCGAGAGGUGGGUCUAUUCAAUGACACUGGUCCUCACGGACGGUCAACCUUGCCAAGACCGAAGGCCAAGGACGCUAUCAAGCUUGUUGAGCAGGCUUUGAAAGAUGACGCAGGAUAUGGGGCGUCAGAUGUACUUAAGCCACGUCUAUAA